AUGGGGGAACCAGAUGAAUCUCCAGCUGGGGCUGGAUUCCUUGAUGAGAAAUGUCAGAAAUACCAGGGGAGAUGUGUGAGUAAGUGCCAGAAAAAUGAAGAGCUUGCUGCUCUCUGCAGCAAGUUUCAGAAAUGCUGCAAGCUGAUGGAGCCAUGCCAGUGA